AUGGUUGUCUCUAACAUUGAUGCUUUUCAGCUGGAUUGGGAUCGUCUCUUGUCGGUGGCGAAGCAGUUGAGUCCGGUCAUGGAGGGUCAAACGGUGAACAUUCUUGCUGCACCUUUUCAGGAGCCUGUCUUUCAGGCUGAUCGGGUGAUGAUCAGGGCUCUGGUUGCGCUAGGCGAUGACGAGGCUCCGGAAACAGCCACGGCCAAGAAGGUCGUCUUGUUGCUUCGUCGGGCGGACUGGGAAGCUGUUUCUGACUGCACAGGCCCGCUACGCAUUAUUCAAGCUCGCCUUGUCAUGCAGCAGUCAGAAUACAUCCUUGAUUGCCUGGGCAUUGAUUCAGUGGUUGUGUCUUCAUGUGUGCUCCAUCGGGGCACUAGCUUGGAAAUCGCUGAAUUCUUCUGUGGAGGGUUUUCGGGCUGGUCGCAAGCGGCCUAUAUCCUUCACCGGCAUGGUUUUCCCGUGCAUCUUGCCUGGACCAUCGACGUAGAUCCGGCUUGCUCUGAGAUGCUUCGCUACCAACACGAGUCAUGGCAGGAGAUCAGCCAGCUCAGUGAGCUUCACGACGCCUCUUGUCAAGGGGUCACACAUGUUUGCGCAGACAUCACAACGAACUGGUGGCUCAGGAUGUUCCAGAAAAAACCGGUGAACCUGGUGUGUGUUUCUGCACCAUGUCAACCAUGGUCCAGUGCUGGGUCCGAACAGGGCCUUGAAUCGCUUGAUGGCCAAUUGCUUCUGAGAGCAGCGGAUAUCUUGGGGUCUUUCAGGGUUCCUGUAGUCCUGCUGGAACAAGUGGCAAACUUCCCCUUGCACCCCCACUUUGCAGCAGUCAUGCAGGCAUGGUCUCGGGCCGGAUACAGGAUUGCGUGGCAGGCGUCCCUGAACCUACUGGACGUGUUGCCAGGCCAGAGGGUGCGCUUCCUCCUUGUGCUAUUGCAUAGCACCCAUACUGGCAACAAACUGCUAAACAUGGGAGCCUGGACCACCGGGCGACGCAUCAACUUGGGCCAGGCCAAAGCUAUUUUUGCACUGCCACCGCCAUUGCGUCAGGCUAACACCCCUAGUGCUGAAGUCUUGGCUGUCUACAUGGACCCUUGGUAUGUGCCUGCACCCCGCUCGCCACACCUCCGCCCCCAGAGUCCCUCUAAGUUCCGAUUGCGCUCUGCCUGUGACUCGGCCGGAGUCUUUGUGGCACAAUAUCAAUUCCAGCAUGAACUGGCCCCGGCACAGAUGGAAAAGGGCAUCUUAGCUUGUUUGCUUCGGCAAGGUGAUACCAUACGGUUUUUCGCGGGACCGGAAAUCGCUUCGAUCCAUGGGGCGGUCCGGCCCAUCUUCUUGUCGGUUGACCAACGCCAGCAGAUGAGACUCCUGGGAAACGCGAUCUCAGUGCCUCAAGCCAUGGUACCCCUUGUUCAUGCUUGUUGCCACCUUGGCCUCACAGGUGCGCCGGAGCCUGCCGAGGCUGUCGCAUGGUGUCUCCAGGCACGCUUACACAACGGCAAUAGUGUGCUUAUGCCUUUUGGGCCCAACUGGGUCCUGUGCCAUUCCUCCCAAACUGCCGAGGUUCUGAGGGUGCAUGCUGUGCAUAGUCCCGAAACAUUGCAUGCUGAUCCGCCUGAGGCUUUCACGGAAGUGUGCCUUAAUGUGCAGGAGACGACAUAUGCCUUGUGUGUCCCACCUGACGUUGGCAUUGGAGAUCUGCUCUACUUCUUCGGUUGCCCGGAUGCGGCGGCAUCAUACCAGGGCCCCGUCUGUGCUGGCCCUGCAAGACUCCCUGUUCAGGUGUCUCGGUUGCCGGAGCUGAACUGCAAUGGGGCCAUUGGCGGAUCAGGCUCUGCCAGUGGGUUGGCUCUGCUGCUUACUGAUUUUCAGCUCUUUGUGGUUGAACUGCAUACUGCACGAUCAUGGUCGCAACUGCUGUGUGUCUUCCGGGCUGCUGCACCUGGCUCCGAGUCCCUGGUGCUGUUCUCUACUACGGGACAGCGCCUCCUGCAUGCCGCAGACUUCCAAACCUGCAUGAUUGCGGUUGCUGAGGAUGAGGACUUUCCGAUUCAGGCAUUGAGUUCCCUGGUGCCAUACUUACAUGGCUUGCAGCUGCACCGCCAUGCCAAUGAAGUCACUUUGGAGGUUGCCGCGGAAGUUGCCGCGCAGGUGUGGUUUUGCAUGCCUUUUCACCUGUUGUAUGCAUUCGGGUGGUCCUCCUCGGAGGAGAACUUCCCACCUGUUGAACAGGCCCCUUCGGUCUUCCGCAUGGCGCCCUGCAGAUCGGUUGCUAUGCCGCGUGAUUUAUUCGUUGAACAGUGGCGAUGGUGGCUUGUGGUCGCCCGUUUGGAGUCACUAGCUAACUCCACCCACACUGGUCGAGUCGAUGUGGAGGUGCAGGUAGUUGCUCGUCGCCUGUGGGUAGGCCAGCUUCCGGCCGGUACGCCCUUGCAGACUUUUACUGACAUUUGGAACAUUGCCAGUGCCAUUUGCAACUUGUUACCGGGCCACAGGAUCUUCUCCGGCCCCCACCCGCACGUGCCGACCGCCACGUUGGGUGAGAUUCAUGCCACCCCUGCUGCCCGUGUUGUGCGUCGCACCGGCCACUUGCUGAUUACUGUCCACCCUGAGCUGCGGGGAGGCGGGGCCAAAAGUGAUGAUCUUAGUUGGGCACAGACGCGCACUGCCUCCGAGUGCCUCGCACAGGGGAUUGACCUCACCCGAACGACUCAGUUUGUUGAUCAAUUGUCGGCGGCCGUGGGUGCGCAGAGGCUGUCCCAGACCUUGCAGGAUUGUGGUUCCACUACCAAGUGGCAAGCCCUGGUGGACCUUGCUGAGACUGCCAAGGUUCCCGCUCCGGUGCCCUCCAAUCUCCCGGCCAAAGCCUCUUUGCGAGCAGGUAAGGCAAUGCAACGCCGCAAGGCCCAGGAUCGGCGGCAGGUACGUGCUCAGGAAGUGUGUUUGACGCAGGAUUUCUUUGUUAAUGAUGAUGGUUCCCCGGCUUCCAUCCUGACCAUGAUUCAGCCAGGUGCCUCUGGAUUGCAGCUCGUGGACGAGCCUGAGGCAGUGGCCCUCCUGCAAACCUUGAGAGGGGUGCAACCCGAUGAAUUGGGCCUUCUCGUCCUCGGCCACUCUUGUCCUUGCCCGGAUGAGUGCUCUGGCGCUUUGUGCUUCCCAGCAAUUUCCAAGGCCAACGGUUCCAAGCUCCUCCUUGCUGGCUGCCUGCACAAUGUUGGUGGCAAGCGCAUACGGCAGAAGGACUCCGGUGAUGUGACCGUGGAGCUUCCUGAGCUUAACUGCUGCACUUUUGACUGCUAUGCCGAUGAGUUUGACGCGCCGACCUGGCAGCAGAUUGUGCAAGCCCCUGUUCGUGCUGUUGCUGAAGCUUUCAAGAAAGGUGGCAUGGCCAAGCCUUUUGCAGAUCCGUGGGGCAGGCAUUUUGUCCAGGCAGGUCGCCCAGCUGUUGCAAGUAUGGCAGAGCGUGUCUCCUUCAAUGCCCGUGUGCCAGCCGAUCAACUUGACCAGCUCUUGAUACUCAGCGGGCAUAACAAUGUCUAUGUGACUCCGCGCAAAAUGGACAAGUCGGUUGUUCAAGCCUACUCCAUUGUUUGGCUCGGGGCGUGUCGGGCCGAGGCUCUUCGGGCUUCUCUCCAGGUCCAGGGCCAGCUCGGGAUUGCCAGGGCCAAAAACAAGUAUGGGCUGCGUGUUCCGGCUGCCCGUUUUCCGGCUGUCUUCGCUGCGCUUAAACCGGGCCAAAUCAUUCCCAACAAGAUUGCAGUGAACCAACUGUAUCGCAUCGGUCCUUUGCCUCAGGAGGUAGGCAGCGAGGCCAUCACUGGAUGGGCCACCAAGGCAGGUUGGCAGAUUCGCGUCAUCAAAAGUCUGGGUGCAACGCAUUGGUUGGUGGGUGCGGCCGCCGCCCCGCCCACGGUGUGCCCGGCCUUUAACGGGCAAACAAUCCUCAUCUCGCCAGUCGGCCAAAAGCAGGACGCCCCACCGAUUGUGCAAUCGGGCAGUGUGCCCCACCGCCCCGCGCGGCCUGUCGUUGCCCAGGAAUCUCUUGCAAAGGGCGAGGACCCAUGGCUUUUCAGUGAUCCUUGGAGCAAGGCUGUGGCGCAUUCCUCGCAUGGCACUGGCCUUCCGAGCCACCCCUCUACCAGUUCCUUUGGCAGCCUGGCAACUCCUUCCCGAAGCCUCGCAGGUCCCACUGAGUCCAGGUUCCAGGCCCAGGAUACGCGACUCCUCGCACUGGAGGAAGGUCUUGAGAACUUGCGCCUUCGUCAGGAAGCACAACAUGGUGAGCUUGUUCAGCGGCAAUCCGAGGAUCGUGAUUUCGAGGAGCUUAAGAGCUUGAUGAUGUCCUGCAGGGAUUCUCGUGACCCGUCCAAGAAGGCCAAAAAACAGGGCGAUGAGGACCUGUGCCCUGCGCAGUGCAACCGAAGUGUUGCCAAUGUUGAUCAUGAUAAAUUGUUUUCAUGGGAACCACUCAGUUACCGCUGGGGUUGUGGCAUCAAUGUGGUCCUCCCAUCUUUGAGAGGCUCAGCACGCCUCUCCCGUUAUGUCACGGGCCGGGGUUUUCGCUUUGGGGAAGCUUUACAUCCUGGCCCGUCAAUCCCCAGUGCCGCACCGCACACCUUCACUGGCGCUGCCUUGCAUCGGCCUGAGAUGGCCCCUCGGCCCCGGGCCUUCCUUUGUCCUUCCGUUCCGCAGCUGCCACAAGAGCAGCUCCCUCCCACCCGUGUGCAUUCCCACCUGCGUGGUGGACGCCCUCGCCCCCAACGCAAACUGCCUUCCUUCUUUCAGCCGCAUCAGCCUGUGCUACCCACGUCUCCGCAGCCCACUGUGGCGAGCAGUGACGACACUUCCACUGCACGGGAGUCUCCCUGUGACCUCCCGAGCUGGCACCUCAGUGUGGUCAAUCCCACUAGCAUCCUGAAUAAGGAGUCUUCGCUGUUGGCCCUGCAAAGCCAUGUCUUCCUGUUGUCUGAGACCUCGGCCGUAUCCCGUGCCCAGGACAUUGUCACAGGCCGCCUUCGCCCCACUGGGCUCAGUUGGGUUUGGGGCACGCCAGUGCCGGAGCAUCGUCAUGAGAAUGCCCAUCAGCCGUCUCUGCGGGGUUGUGCUGCCGGAGUUGCCCUGGCUUCGGUUUUUCCCGUGCGCCCGCCGUUUGCGCCGUUGUGCUCACCUGCUGAACAGGCCCAUCGUCUGGUGCUGGGGCACAUUCGGUUGGGCCCGCUCCAUGCCAGAGUGCUUGUCCUUUAUGGUUGGCCCGCGAAUCACGCAGCUGCUGCUGCCAAAAACGAGGAGCUCUUUCGAGAGGCCCUUAAGUUGAUAUCGGCUUCCGAGAUGCCCACACUCGUCGGUGGGGACUUCAAUGUUGAUGUCAAGAGCCUCCCGGUGUGGUGUGACUUUGUCAGGGCUGGCUAUGCUGAACUGUUUGAUUUUCAUCAUCUGCGCUUCGGCCAGCGCUUGCCGCCCACCUGCCGUGACAGUACCAGGAAUGAUACGGUGCUCCUCCCCAGGGUCUUUCAGCAGCUCUUUCAAACUGCCAAGGUUGAUACCGCCUGUCACUUGUUUGAUUCGCAUGCUCCGCUCACCUUGACUUUUCUUUUGCCCCAGCAGAACCCGUGCCAGACGCUCUGGCGCAAACCGGAUAGCUGGAUGCAAUUUGAGCCGGAUGCCCAGGUCGUUGAGACCCACUACGGCCACUGUCGCCAAGGGUUGGCGCAACUUUUUCAGGAGUGUUCCUCCCGCGAUGAUCUUGAAGCCAUUUUCUCGACUUGGGCAAGUGACGUUGAGUCUGCCGUGAGCCAGGCGAUCCGGGAUGCCCACUUUCAGGAUCCUCUCCGCUGCCCUUCCAAGGAACUUCCGAGGCGUUGUCAAGGCCGGUGUGUUUAUCGGGAAGUGAAAUCAAAGGCACUGCCCACUGCUGCCCCAGGGGCCCGCCCGGGUGACUAUCGCCCGCCGGAUGAAGCAUUGUCCUUUCGUUCCCGCCAUAAGGUUAAGCAGGUGCGUCGUUUGCAAAGCUUCUGCCGCCGCCUGGCCCGUUUCCGCUUGAGCUCCCAACUGGCCCCCACACCUGGUUGCCUCCCGCAGCCAGCGGCCUUUUCCUUGUGGCAAGAAUGGGAGGCGAUUGCUCAGGCCCACGGCUAUCCGCCAAACUUCCGCCAGUGGUUGCUUCAGAUUGCACAUUUUGAGGUUUUCUAUGAGGUGCCUCUGCCUGCUCCCCCUCAGGGCAAUCUUGUGCAGCUAGCCAUUUUCCCACCUGCUGAUUGGUUGGCGGACGUGCUUGCCUUUGUCAAGUUUGAGUGUGAGGCUGUCAUUGGACAGGAGCAUCAGGCCCGGCAACAAUUCCACCGUUAUCGGACGCAACAGGACUCCGCAAACGGCCUUCGCGCAGGCUACAGGUCGGUGCGCCCUCCGGACAAACCGGCCUUCACAUCUGUUCCUGUUGCUGAGGCUCAGCAAGCUGUUUUGCAAUGUUGUGCUCCUGGUGGAUGGGGUCUGUACCGGGUUACUGCACCGGACUUCAUUCGUCCAAAUUGCCCGGCCAAGGCUGACGACUGCCCCGCUGAGACCGGUGCCCUGCACAAUGAUGAAAUUUUUGGUCCCCGAAUUUGGGUCCGUGUUCCCAGCCGCCCUUAUCUUGAAAAUUUCAUUUUACGCCAGGACACUGAUGCUUCCACUGCCCGGGAACUCCACCGUUGCUUCAUUGAUUACUGGCAUCCGAUCUGGAACCGUGAUACUGGGGAAGCCCGGAGUGAUUUACAGAGGUGGUCUACUUUCAUUGAGUCUCUCCCGCCCUGCCCGGAGGCUGCGUCUCAGCUUGAGCUUGCAUUGGAGGACCUGAGCUUUUGGCGCCAGCAUCUCCGACGUCUGAAGCCUCAUAGUGCCACCGGCUAUUGUGGCUUUUCGAACCAGGAAUUGAAAUGGUUGCCUGAUGCACCCUUGCAGGACCUGGCCUCCAUUUUUCAGCUGUGUGCCAAGUAUGGCUGGCCGCGCCAUCUUGCUAGAGCCACCGUGUCUACUCUUGCCAAAAUACCGUUGCCGAUGGGCAUGAAGCAUGGGAGACCGAUCACCAUCUUUGCCAACUUAUGGCGCCUGUGGGCGUCCGGGGUUGCUACGGCUGUCCUCCGACAGUGGGCGACCUGGCUUCCGUCUGGAGUCAUGGGCAGCAUUCCGGGCCGAUCCGUUCGGGACCUCUCUCUGUCCCUGGAGCUUCAGGUCGAACAGUCCCUGUUGUCAGGAGAUGCAUUCGCUGGUUUCUCCAUCGAUGUGAUCAAGUGCUUCAACCAGCUUCCUCGUCUCCCUCUGAGGUUUUUGCUCGGCCACUUGCAAAUCCCGGAGACAGUGUUGGAGCCCUGGUUUGAUUUCCUUGACAGCUGCCACAGAUUACCUGUCUUCCAUAAAUGCCUCGGCCCACCGGUGCUCUCGACGACUGGCAUGCCAGAGGGUUGCCCUCUUUCCGUGCUUGCACAAGUUGCAGUGUGCUGGGCAGCGCAGUCUCGUCAGUCGGUUUUCGGCGCUGAGAUGGUUUCGUAUGUCGAUAACUUGACAUGGACUGGUCGCGACCAGCUGGCUAUGGCCGAGUCGAUAACUGAUGCGCAGGCCUUUUGCCUUUCCCUCAAGCUCCCCAUUGAUUGGACUAAGUCCUUUGCAUGGGCUACAUGCAGCAAGCUUCGCCGCUGGCUUACCGGGCCUGCACAGAGCUUGAUACCCCAGGGGUGUCAGCUGACCAUUGUGCACUACGCCAAGGAUCUGGGUAUUGCCUUCAAGUUCCGGCGGAACAAUGCUCUGAACAGUGCCCGCCAUCGUUUGGAGGAGGGACAUCGACGCCUCCGUGCCCUGCGAAAUCCUGCUAUCCCUCUGUUCGAUAAGGCGCGUAUACUGCAGACUAGUGUUUGGCCGGCUACUUUGUACGGGCUCGAGAGCCGCCUUUUGAGCGAGGAUGAGGUCAGUAAGCUGCGCACCGGGGGAUGUGAGGCCCUUCUGGGUCCCCGCCGUUCUGCAAAUCCUACGCUCGCUUUGUCUGCCCUGACUCCGAGGGUGUCUGAUCCCGAAGUUUACCUGUUGUGCCAAGCGCUGCUGGCCCUGCAACGGAUGUUGUGCCUGCAACCUCUCUUGGGGAUGGAGUGGCUUCGUCUUACUGUUCACCACCUGCACCAACCGGGCAGGGUCUUUGGUCCAGCCACGGCACUUGCCGGGCUACUAGUCAGAAACGGAUGGUGUCUUCGAGCUGACGGGAAUCUUGCGGGCCCGGGCAAUGCUAAGGUACAUCUCUUGCGUGACCGUCCCAAGGUCUUACGCCGUGCAGUCAAGGUCGCCUGGCUUGCUCAGGUCCCCUCUAAGGUCCAGGGCAGGAAUGGGAUGCUGUUUGCAGGUGUCCCUGCCCCCUGCAUCACUGAAAAAGUGCUGUUGCGAUUCGGUCCUGGCAUGCAGAUACAUCUGGCGCAGACUAUGGUUGGUGGCUUCCUGUCUAAUGCGGCUAAGUCCACAUGGGAUCCUCUGCAGUCCUCGAGCUGUGUCCUCUGUGGGAUGGUGGAUCACAAGCGGCAUCGCAUCCUGGAGUGUCCCGUUGCAGCUCCCCUCCGCCAACUCUACCAGCCUCUCCUCGACUGGAUUGAGCAAGACCAACCCCACUGGUUCCAUUGCCCUUUUCCGGUUGCACUUGACGCUGAAGAUUUUCUGCGCCUUUUCUGGCAUAGCCGCAAACUGGUCCCGCCACCAGUGCUGCCGCACCUUUGCCUUGAGGGGCUCACCACGGCGCAUCUCUUCACAGAUGGGGCCUGCUCGCGGCCGAACCUCCCUGCAGCUCGCCACGCAGCCUGGGCCGUGGUCUUGUACACUGGUUCUGCUUGUAUGACUCUGAGGGAGACGGGCUUCUUUUGGUGCCAACAUGCCCAAAUCCCACCGGGUUGGCAUGUAGUGGCUCAGGGCGUUGUUCCAGGAUGCCAGGACAUCAAUCGAGCCGAGUAUUGUGCAUUGGUUCAAGCCCUGAUGGUGGUGCGGGCGCUGCCGGUUGCUGACGUCGUCAUAUGGACGGACUCCAAGAAUGCCCAACGGGCCGUCAGUCCGCCUGGACCGCAGGGCGUUUCGCCGGGCCGGUGGCAUUUCGCGUCAGACUUGGUCCCGGAUGACCUGCCUCAUCUCCUUGCUGGGGUUAGUGUCAGGAAGGUCAAGUCACAUCAAGAUUUGCACCAGCUGUUGCAGUCUGCAGCGGACGAGGACCUCCUUCCGGCUUUAGGGAACGCAAUCGUUGACGCUGCAGCGAAGCAAGCCCUCUGUGAUGACCUUGAACUAGCUCAUGACCAGUGUCAACAAAUUGCUGACUGGCACCAACAACAGGCAAGUUUUUUCGACAUGUACUGUCGCUAUCUCGCCGAGCUGACGAAGAUUGUGGUUCCAGCGAAACGCUCCCAGCUUCUUCUCACAUCGACGGUUGAGAUGGAAGCACCUGCUUGUCAUGACUCCUGGUGUCUUCUUCAGCCACCGCUGCACCGGUGCCCCACCACGGUCACUUGGCCCCGUGAGGCUGUCAGGGCUGUGAGUUCCUGGCCUGACUGGUAUACUGUAGCUCUUGGUGGCUGGAUCGAACAAUUGUGCUGGCCGAGCUCUUUACCUGAGGAUACGGAUUUUGCGGGCAUCACUUAUCAUGAACUCCUGGUGAACUUUGUGGUCACUACCGCAGUUUUGCCACCGGUUCGAUUGCAUUCGACUGGGGCCUCUGAAUGGGUGAGUUUGCUCAGACCCGCAGGCAUCCUGUUACCUGCGGUGCUGAGGGAGCUCAUCGUACACUUUGUCUCCAGUGUGGGCAUGCUGAGCAAGAAGUGUGGCUGUGCGCUGUGGCCCAGUCCACGGCACCAUAGGCUGCGAACGCUGGAGUUGUGUGGCAGUACCAAUGUUGGGAAGAAGGGCCUUUUGUACAGACCGCGGAUGCCAAACCUGUCUUCUACGCUCAAGGUGUUAUUGGACAUUGCCCAGUCUAACAGACCUGGCGAAUGCCUCCGGGAGGCAGCGUGGCGCAUCGAG